GCGGAAGGUCCCUCCUGUCUGCACAUUCAACGGGAGAUGGUAACGAGACGAUUUUCGAUCGAGCAGAUGCCCGCUCUCAGAACCGCGUCGGAAGGUCCCUCCUCCGAGACAUUUCUCCUCCAGGAAUGUGGCCCGUUGGUUCUGACGACGACGAGUUUCAGACCUCCCGCAGACGAGCCCUCCUGGCCGAUCAGUCGUCUCCGGAUGUCGAGCUUCACAAUUUCCACGGCAGAUCGCUCCUCCGUGACAUUUCGCCCCCAGGAAUGUGGCCUGUAACAUCUGACGAUGACGAGUUUGCUGAUUCAAGCGGACACUCGCGCAUGCUUCUCUCCACUGAUUCUUCUGGAUCGAGGUCGGCGGAUCCCCUCCAGCAUGAAGGAGCUCUGGUGCACGACAUUUCAGCACCAGGAAAAUGGCCAAUCACUUCUGAUGCCGAGAGGAGGUCCACGAGGCAUCACCACGGAAGAGCUCUCUUGCGAGAUAUCUCACCCCCGGGAAUGUGGCCUUCUUCGGACGAUGAUGAGUUCGAAUUUGCUCGGAGACGGGCCCUCCUAGCACACGCCAAAACCACAGCCGACUCUCCGGACCCAGCUGGUGAUGGUCAAACUCGGAAGCAUCGUAGAGCUCUUCUUCGCGAUAUCUCUCCUCCUGGAAUGUGGCUGGACUCAGAUGACGACGAUGAAUCGGAAGUCUCCGGCGGGAGAAUGCUACUGUCCUCUCCGGAGCAGUCGGAGGGCGGAAGUCACAAGUCCAGGAGGGCUCUCUUGAGAGAUAUUUCACCGCCAGGAAUGUGGCCAACAUCUGACGAUGAUGAAUUUGAAGUGUCUCGUAGAAGGGCGCUUCUUUCUGAUAAUGCCCAGUUGUCUCCAGUUCAAUCCAGCAAAACUAACAGAGAGCGUAAGCAUGAACAGGUUCUUCUCCGCGACAGUUCUCCUCCCCAAAUGUGGCCCAUCAGUUCUGCCGGUGAUCAAAGUGGAGUGAAUCGUGGAAGGUCUCUUCUGUCCGGUCGCCCUCAUUCAUCUUCAGCACAUGCGAUCAAAAAUGAACACCCCCACCAGCAUAGAAGAGCUCUCUUGAGGGAUAUAUCUCCCCCAGGAAUGUGGCCCAUCACAUCCGACGAUGAAGCGAUUGAAAUUGCUCGCAGGAGGUCGCUUCUUUCUGAUGGAACUUUCUCGUCUUCAGUCUGGGCAAGCACGGAUCACCAGCAUGGAGGUCGGAGAGCACUUCUACGGGAUAUUUCACCUCCGGGAAUGUGGCCCGUCGGUUCUGAUGAUGACGAAUUUCAAGUGAAUCGCAGGAGGGCACUUCUUUCCGAUAAAUCUUACUCGUCAUCGGCGAAGAGCAGCAGUAUUCAGCAUGGUAGAGCCCUUCUAGGCGAUAUUUCCCCGCCUGGUAUGUGGCCAAUUACUGCAGCCGAUGACCGAGACAUCCUCGUGCGCAAGUGAUCACUUCUUACAACAAAGGCACUCUUAACAGCUGGAGUCAAAGGCUGAUGAUAGCAGCUACAUUGUGAGAUUACUAUCUCACGAUCAUUAAGGCAGGUCAGACUGCCAAGUGCAGGUGCAGGCAGUCGGUUUUUGCUUCAACAUUCAGUUCACUCCGUCGCCUAAAUCUCAAAUGGACUCCAUAUGUACCCCGACAUAUCCAGAGAGGGGCUUCCGUUCCGUGAUGUCCAUUUUUAUUGCAAGCAACUGCAGUCAACUUGCCGGUGAAGAACUUCUGUUCCGUGACCAUCUCUUGAUCUCCGAAGAUUUAUAGGGGUCAGUGCAAAAGUUUUAAUCUCUAUAGAGGUUCUUCACUCGAUUUUUUGUCAUGUUUUUUUGUCACAUGGCCACGCACGAGAUUCACAGAUAUUUAAUUACAACCCUUACACUGGGUUCUAGAGCGCCUUUAGACAAGCGACAAGAUAUUUUUUACAGUAGGGAGGACUACUUUAUAAAGUCCGCAAUCCCAAUUUUUUUAGGACGAUGCCAUUGCGUCUCCUUCUGCAUUUGUUGGCAC